AUGGACGUGGACGUGGACGUGGACAUGGACGUGGACGUGGACGUGGACGUGGACAUGGACGUGGACGUGGACGUGGACGUGGACAUGGACGUGGACGUGGACGUGGACGUGGACAUGGACGUGGACGUGGACGUGGACGUGGACGUGGACGUGGACAUGGACGUGGACGUGGACGUGGACGUGGACAUGGACAUGGACGUGGACGUGGACGUGGACGUGGACAUGGACGUGGACGUGGACGUGGACAUGGACGUGGACGUGGACGUGGACGUGGACGUGGACAUGGACGUGGACGUGGACGUGGACGUGGACGUGGACAUGGACGUGACGUGGACGUGGACAUGGACGUGGACGUGGACGUGGACGUGGACGUGGACGUGGACGUGGACGUGGACAUGGACGUGGACGUGGACGUGGACGUGGACAUGGACGUGGACGUGGACGUGGACGUGGACGUGGACGUGGACGUGGACGUGGACGUGGACAUGGACGUGGACGUGGACGUGGACGUGGACAUGGACGUGGACGUGGACGUGGACGUGGACUGGACGUGGACGUGGACGUGGACGUGGACGUGGACGUGGACGUGGACGUGGACGUGGACGUGGACGUGGACGUGGACGUGACGUGGACGUGGACGUGGACGUGGACGUGCCGUGGACGUGGACGUGGACAUGGACGUGGACGUGGACAUGGACGUGGACGUGGCGUGGACGUGGACGUGGACGUGGACAUGGACGUGGACGUGGACAUGGACGUGGACGUGGACGUGGACGUGGACGUGGACGUGGACGUGGACGUGGACGUGGACGUGGACGUGGACAUGGACGUGGACGUGGACGUGGACGUGGACAUGGACGUGGACGUGGACGUGGACAUGGACGUGGACAUGGACGUGGACGUGGACGUGGACGUGGACAUGGACGUGGACGUGGACGUGGACGUGGACAUGGACGUGGACGUGGACGUGGACGUGGACAUGGACGUGGACGUGGACGUGGACGUGGACGUGGGACGUGGACGUGGACGUGGACGUGGACAUGGACGUGGACGUGGACGUGGACAUGGACGUGGACGUGGACGUGGACGUGGACGUGGACGUGGACGUGGACGUGGACGUGGACGUGGACGUGGACGUGGACGUGGACGUGGACGUGGACGUGGACGUGGACAUGGACGUGGACGUGGACGUGGACGUGGACGUGGACGUGGACGUGGAGAUGGACGUGGACAUGGACGUGGACGUGGACAUGGACGUGGGACGUGGACGUGGACGUGGACGUGGACGUGGACGUGGGACGUGGACGUGGACAUGGACGUGGACGUGGACGUGGACGUGGACGUGGACGUGACGUGGACGUGGACGUGGACGUGGACGUGGACGUGGACGUGGACGUGGACGUGGACGUGGACGUGGACGUGGACGUGGACGUGGACGUGGACGUGGACGUGGACAUGGACGUGGACGUGGACGUGGACAUGGACGUGGACGUGGACGUGGACGUGGACGUGGACAUGGACGUGGACGUGGACGUGGACGUGGACGUGGACGUGGACGUGGACGUGGACGUGGACGUGGACAUGGACGUGGACGUGGACGUGGACGUGGACGUGGACAUGGACGUGGACGUGGACGUGGACGUGGACGUGGACGUGGACAUGGACGUGGACGUGGACGUGGACAUGGACAUGGACGUGGACGUGGACGUGGACAUGGACGUGGACGUGGACGUGGACAUGGACGUGGACGUGGACGUGGACGUGGACAUGGACGUGGACGUGGACGUGGACGUGGACGUGGACAUGGACGUGGACGUGGACGUGGACGUGGACGUGGACGUGACGUGGACGUGGACGUGGACGUGGACAUGGACGUGGACAUGGACGUGGACAUGGACGUGGACGUGGACGUGGACGUGGACAUGGACGUGGACGUGGACGUGGACAUGGACGUGGACGUGGACGUGGACGUGGACGUGGACGUGGACGUGGACGUGGACGUGGACGUGGACGUGGACGUGGACAUGGACGUGGACGUGA